CGCAGCCAUUAGACCUGCGCAUUGUUAUGUUACACCAGAGGCGCAUGCGCUUUGGUACAUAAUUAAGAUCUGGUUGCCAAGGUUACUGCUGCUGAUCUGAAAGAUUCACGUUUAUUUCAUUUUGCUGUAUAAAGUCUACUUUAGGAGUCGGGCAAUAUGCUGUCUGUGUUGGACGCUCUGUGGGAAGACAGGGAUGUCCGCUUCGAUAUAUCACCACAACAAAUGAAAAUGAGACCAGGAGAAGUACUUAUAGACUGCUUAGAUUCCAUUGAAGACACUAAAGGAAACAACGGUGACCGAGGAAGACUUUUAGUAACAAAUUUGCGAAUAAUUUGGCACUCAUUGGCAUUACCCCGAGUCAAUUUGGCUGUAGGUUACAACUGCAUUGUGACCAUCACAACACGAACUGCUAAUUCAAAACUACGGGGUCAGACCGAAGCACUUUAUAUCUUAACAAAAUGCAAUAACACUCGAUUUGAGUUUAUUUUUACAAACAUUGUUCCUGGUAGUCCAAGGCUAUUCACAUCAGUCAUCGCUGUACAUAGAGCUUAUGAAACAUCUAAAAUGUAUAGAGAUCUCAAAUUAAGAGGAGCCCUGAUACAAAACAAACAGCUGAGGCUUCUCCCGCAGGAGCAAGUGUAUGAUAAAAUCAAUGGCGUAUGGAAUUUAUCUAGUGACCAGGGUAAUCUGGGAACUUUCUUUAUAACUAAUGUGAGGAUAGUUUGGCAUGCCAACAUGAAUGACAGCUUUAACGUCAGCAUCCCUUACCUACAGAUUCGCUCCAUUAAGAUCAGAGACUCAAAAUUUGGCCUAGCCCUUGUGAUAGAGAGUUCUCAACAGAGUGGUGGAUAUGUCCUAGGAUUUAAAAUAGAUCCUGUUGAAAAACUCCAGGAUUCUGUCAAGGAAAUCAACUCACUUCACAGAGUUUACUCUGCAAGCCCCAUAUUUGGGGUAGAUUAUGAAAUGGAAGAAAAGCCACAAGCUCUGGAAGAACUGACCGUAGAACAAAUUCAGGAUGAUGUUGAAAUAGAAGCGGACGAGCACACAGAUGCAUUUGCGGCAUAUUUUGCUGAUGGCAACAAGCAACAAGAUCGUGAGGCUGUAUUUUCUGAAGAACUUGGACUUGCAGUAGAAAAAUUGAAGGAUGGAUUUACUCUCCAAGGAUUAUGGGAUGUGAUGGGAUAACUUGAGCCUACUAAGGAAUGCAAAUUUAUUAAGUAAUGUAGAUUUAUUAAAAUGAAAAAGUAAUAAAUAUAUGUAUAAUUAAAAUUAUUUGCUCUAUAAAAUGUGGAUAGGAACCAUAUGCUCUACUGGAAGUCAUUUGUGAAAUUGAAAUGAUGUGCAUAUAAUAAAGCAAUAUAUUUAUGAUACUAA